AUGGCACUUGCUCGUCCAGUCUAUCUUGUUGCUGCCAAGCGGACAGCUUUUGGAACUUUCGGUGGUGCUUUAAAGAAUUUCACCGCAACAGAUUUAGGAGUAGUGGCUGCAACGGCAGCUUUGCAAGCCGGCAAUGUCGAUCCUACGGUGGUAGACUCUGUUGUUGUUGGAAACGUUGCUCAGACUUCAUCAGAUGGACCUUACAUAGCCAGGCAUGUUGGACUAAGGAGUGGUGUUAAGAUUGAAUCACCCGCUUUAACCGUCAACAGAUUAUGUGGUUCCGGAUUCCAGGCGAUAGUAACUGGAGUCCAGGAGAUACAAAUUGGUGACUCUAAGAUCGUAUUAACGGCUGGUGCUGAAAGUAUGAGCCAAGCUCCAUACGCGGUCAGAGGUACAAGAUUUGGAAUCCCUCUUGGUGUCAGCCCGCAGCUGGAGGAUACAUUAUGGCAAACGCUGACAGACAAUUACAUAAAAACUCCUAUGGGUAUAACUGCAGAAACGUUAGCUGAAAAAUAUAGCAUUAGUGGGGAGGAAUGUAAUCAGUUUGCGGUACAAUCGCAGACACGCUGGUUUGAAGCAAACAAAGAUGGAAAAUUCAAAGACGAAAUUGAACCCAUGUCUAUUAAAGGUAAAAAAGGGCCGGAAAACUUCGAUACCGAUGAGCAUCCUCGUAUGACUUCAGUGGAAAAGUUGGCUAAACUGCCACCAGUUUUUAAAAAGGGUGGAACAGUGAAUGCUGGCAAUGCAUCUGGGAUCUGUGAUGGUGCAGCAGCUGUGAUAUUAGCCAGCGAACAAGCAGUUAAAGAUCACAAUUUAACUCCUUUAGCUCGACUUGUCGCUUACGGUAUAGCUGGUGUUGAUCCUCGUGUAAUGGGAAUUGGACCUGUUCCAGCAAUCAAAUCUGCAUUAAGUAAAUCUGGUUUGAGCCUGAACGAUAUGUCAUUGGUUGAGGUUAAUGAGGCCUUUGCUCCUCAAGCGCUUGCAGUAAUGAAAGAAUUGGAUUUAAAUCCUGAAAUUACUAACGUAAAUGGUGGUGCUAUUUCCCUUGGUCACCCUGUGGGUGCCUCUGGUGCUCGCAUUGCUGGACACCUAAUCUACGAGUUAAAGAGAAGAAGUGCAAAGUAUGCGAUCGGGUCGGCCUGCAUCGGUGGUGGUCAAGGAAUAGCUGUUAUUUUGGAAAAUUUACAAUAG